AUGAUAGUUGCGGCGCUGCUGUUCUGCCUGGUGACGGGCGCGGUGGUGACGGAAGCGCCGGGCUGUUCGCGCGCGGCCGAUGGGGCCGCAGCGGUGGAGUGCAAUGUACGCACGCUGUCGGACGGCGACGUCCCCGGUCCGACGCACUCGGAGGGCGCGCGGAGGCUCGCGGUGCACUGCGGGCCCGAGCUCGCCGAGAGCACGCUGAGGGCCCACCACUUCGGCAGGAUGCGCGGCUUGGCCGAGCUGGUCGUGCGCAACUGCAAGCUGCUCCGUCUCCCGGGCAACGCGUUCGAGGGCCUGCGCGGCCUGAAGAGCCUCGAGGUGCGCACCAUGAACAACGAGUGGGCCCCCAACAAGGAGCUGGAGCUCUCGCUGGGCGCGUUCAACGGCCUCAGAGAGCUGCACGCCCUCGACUUGGCGUUCAACAACAUCAGGAAAAUACCCUCAGAUCUGUUCUGCGCGCUGGAAAACAUAAUUUCACUGAACUUAACCAACAAUAAGAUAAAGUUCGUCGACGAAUUGGGCUUCGGUCAUAAAUGCGGAUCGACGCUCCAGACAAUAGAUUUGAGCCAUAAUGACAUCAUGUCUCUGCCAGCUGACUCCGAAAUAUUACAUCUGCGGCGGCUUACACAACUCUUCCUGCAGAAUAACAAGAUAAAUGAAUUGCCGGGCGAGGUCUUCAGCGACUUGCUGUCGUUAAAAGUUGUGAACCUUUCGGAGAACGCUAUAAAUUAUUUGCCUGAGAGUUUAUUUCAAAAUACGAGGGAAAUUCGCGAGAUUUAUUUGCGAAACAAUGAACUGGAAAUAUUGCCUAAGAGAAUAUUUAAUAGGUUGGAACAAUUGCUCGUUUUAGAUCUUUCGGCGAAUAAAUUGAAGAGCGACCACAUAGAAGAUGAAACGUUCGGGGGUUUAAUAAGAUUAAUCGUGCUCGACCUGUCCCAGAACGCGAUUGCGCGGGUCGCACGUACCAUGUUUAAGGACUUGUUCUUUUUGCAAAUACUAAAUUUAGGCAAUAACACUAUAGGGCAUGUCGAGGACAACGCUUUCUCGCCCCUUUUCAAUUUGCACACGCUGAACUUGGGCGAGAAUAAAUUGAAUGCGAUAGAGGACUACGUGUUCAACGGGCUGUUCAUAUUGAACAAAUUAAACUUGAACAACAAUAUGUUGUCGUACGUUAGCGAUAACGCGUUCCGUAACUGUUCGGACUUGAAGGAGUUGGACUUGAGUUCUAAUAGGUUGACGAAAGUGCCCGAAGCAAUUUUGCAAUUACCGUUCCUCAAGUCGUUAGACUUGGGCGAAAAUCUAUUAACUGAAAUAGCAAAUACGUCGUUUCAUAAUUUGUCCCAGCUGACCGGGUUGCGUUUAAUCGACAAUCAGAUCGGUAACCUUACGGCGGGCAUGUUCUGGGGUUUGCCGAGUCUGCAAGUGCUCAAUUUGGCGAAAAAUAAAAUUCAGUCAAUUGAGACCGAAACCUUUCAAAGGAACGCGCAGUUGGAGGCCGUUCGCUUGGACGGCAAUUUCAUUUCCGAUAUAAACGGUGUAUUUGUUUCGCUUACGAAAUUGUUAUGGUUGAACCUGUCCGAAAAUCACUUGGUUUGGUUCGAUUACGCAUUCAUUCCGGGUAAUUUGAAGUGGUUGGACAUUCACGCGAAUUUCAUAGAGAUCCUAGGCAAUUAUUAUAAGAUUCAGAAAGAGUUGCACGUGACCACGUUAGACGCGAGCCAUAACCGCAUAGUCGCUUUGUCGGGCAUAUCAUUACCGAACAGCAUCGAGCUUCUGUUUAUAAACAACAAUAUAAUUUCCAAAAUAGAGACGGACACGUUUCGGGACAAGAGUAAUUUAACCCGCGUUGAUAUGUACGCGAACGCGAUCGGGACUUUGGACAUAAAUAGUUUGCGUAUUUCGAGAGCGUCGGACGUGAGACCGCUGCCCGAGUUUUAUAUCAGCGGUAAUCCCUUCCGUUGCGAUUGCUCGAUGAAAUGGUUGCUCUUAAUCAACUCCAUCACAACGCGUCAGUACCCCCGCCUCAUGGAUUUGGAAAACGCGAUAUGCAAAGAGUCCUACGUCCGCGGCGCCAAAUACGUACCCGUGAGCUCGCUGCAACUAAGAGAUUUUCUAUGCAAAUACGAUAGCCACUGUCCCGAAGACUGCGGCUGUUGCGAUUUCAAUUUCUGCAAUUGCAGAACAGUAUGCCCGAGCAAUUGUUCGUGUUAUCACGACUCGACAAAAACCACAAACGUGGUGGAUUGUUCGGUGAAAGAAAGCGAUGUAGUGCCGGCCGAGCUUCCGAUCAGCGCAACGCACAUUUACUUAGAUGGUAACAUUUAUAACGAACUUAACGGAACCGUUUUCGUCUCGAUGCGCAAAGCCGUUGUCAUGUAUUUAAAUUCGAGCAACAUUGUGAGCUUACAUAACGAUUCAUUCAAUACGCUCGUCGAUCUACGGAUACUACAUUUAGACAACAAUAAGUUGAAACGUUUACAAGGCCUCGAGUUCUCAAAGUUGAGCAACUUGAAAGAAUUGUAUCUUCAAAGUAACGCCAUUGAAUUCAUUUCAAACGUAACUUUUUCCUUUUUGGACGCGCUCGAAGUUUUACGCUUGGACGGGAACAGACUCGUAAAUUAUGGCCUGUGGCAUUUGGACAAUAAUAAAAAGUUACAAACGCUGUUCAUAGGCGGUAACCGUUGGUCGUGCGAUUGUAAAUAUUUACAAGGUUUCCUAACGUACAUAUCCCAGAACGUCGAGAAAGUUAUCGAUGUCCACGGUUUGUGGUGUGUGAACGAGAAAAUGAGCCAAAUAAAAAAGCCGUUGAAUUUAAAUGUGACGGUUUGUAGUCAAAUAAGUGAUUCGUCGAUGAUAAGCGCCCUUUUCGUUUCGAACAACAUACCAUUACUGGCGUCGGCUCUCACCGGUUUCAUGCUUAUUUUAUUGAUUUUAGUGUUAGUGUUCACGUUCAGAUAUGCUUGCAGAAUGUGGUUGUAUUCAAAUUGCGGCAUUAGGCUCUCUCCCUUAGCGGACGCCUUUAAUGACGCUGAUAAGCUUUACGACGCUUAUAUCUGUUACAGUCCUAAAGACGAGGAGUUCGUAAUAGAAUCUUUGGCCCAGGAGCUCGAGAAUGGCUAUCCAUCUUAUCAUCUCUGUUUGCAUUACAGAGACGUACCUCAGUUCGAGGCGACUUACGCACAGUUCCCAGAUUUAGUUGUCGAGGCAACGGAAGCGUCGAGACGUAUUAUCGUGGUGUUGACAAAGAAUUUCAUACUAACAGAAUGGUCGCAAAUAGAAUUCCGUCAGGCAUUACAGAGAGCACUCCGAAAGAACCCGCAUAAAUUAAUAAUAGUCGCCGCAGGGCUCGUUCCGAGGGACCCGGAACUGAAGUCGCAUUUAAAAACGGGUUUGGAGAUAACGUGGAAAGAGAAACGGUUCUGGGAGCGAUUACGCUACGCUAUGCCGUCGUCGAAGAAGCGCGGGCAAAAGUUGAAAAGGCUAAAUUAUGGGAGGAGUUCGAACACAUACACAAUGGACGCGUCCGUGCUGAACAGCACCUGUCAGACGUUGUGCGGUAAGUCCGCGAACUCAGCGGAGCGUUCGCCUUGCGAUCGACCUCUUUCCGAGCACAUAUAUUCGACAAUAGACUCUGACUAUUCAUCUACAGACUUCCACGGUCGCCAUAACCAGCCACAGUCGGUGGUGUUACAGCAUACCGUUCAAACCUACCUGGUG